AUGGUCAGCUCUUGUUGUGGCUCUUCCUGCUCUGGCCUGAGCUGUGGCUCUCCCUGCUGUGCUCCCUGCUGCUGCCGCCCUGCCUGCUGCCUUCGGCCAGCCUGCUGCCAGAGCACCUGCUGCAGGACCAACUGUUAUAGACCCACCUGCACUGAGUCCACCUGCUGCCUCCCCAGCUGCUGUGGGUCCAGCUGCUGCCAGUCUUGCUGCCAGCCCUGCUGCUGCCCCAGCUACUGUGUGUCCAGCUGCUGCCAGCCUUGCUGCUGCCCCAGCUUCUAUGGGUCCAGCUGUUGCCAGCCAUGCUGCCGCCCAAGCUGCUGUGUGACCAGCUGCUGUCAGCCUUGCUGCCACCCCAUUUGUUGCCAGACCACCCGCUGCAGAAUCACCUGCUGCCGCCCGGCCUGCUGUGGUUCCUCUUGCUGUUAA